GCUUGCCUCAAGUGCGGCGGGUUGCCAUGACACUCAACCGACAACAAACAGAAGUAGCCAUGGCAACACGCGUCCAAAGACCAAAACAAAAGGUUAGCCGCUGAAAAUUGACAUUAGUUGGCGAAGUCUUGAAGAAAAAUGCUGCAUCAGGGAAUUAUACUGCGCGAGGGACAUGUCACCCGUACCAUUUACAAUCUGAUCAAAGACAAACGCUAUGAGGAUGUGAUUGAGUGUAUAACUAGUAUUGGGGAGGCAGCCAAUACAAGAGCGGGUCUGUCCACCUUGGGGCACUGUUACUAUCACGCCCAGAAGUACGAGGAGGCGGCCAGCUGCUACGAGCAGCUCUGCCAGCUGGUGCCCAAGGAAGCCAAGUACAGAUUCUACUACGCUCAGUCACUCUACCAGGCUGGCAUCUUUGCGGAGGCAUUGAGAGUCCUCAAGCAAAUCAGUGACCAGGAGGAAGAGCUCCGGGAGCACUGCCUGCAGCUGCAGAGCGCCAUUCUGUACUCGAGCGAGGACUAUGCCGGGGCCCAGAGUUUGCUCAAUCAGCGUGCGGGAGGCACUGCGGAUACCCUCAACGAUGAGGGAUGCCUGCUCUAUCAGGCGGAUCAGCACGAAUCGGCAGUUCAGCGAUUCCAGGCCGCACUCCAGGUGGGCGGCUUUAAUCCGCUGGUGGCCUACAAUGUGGCGUUGGCCCACUUUCAGCGCAAGCAGCGGGCCCAGGCACUGGACUACACCUCGGAGAUUGUGGAGCGGGGAAUGCGCAACCAUCCGGAGCUAGGGAUUGGCGCCCAGGUGGACACCGAUGGCAGUGCGCGCAGUGUGGGCAAUCCCAUAACGAUGGCCUUGUCUGGCAUAACCCAAGCUCUCAAUCUGAAGGCGGCACUGGAAUAUCAGGAUGGCAACGAAGAGGCAGCGCGGGACGCCCUGCUAGACCUGCCACCUCGGGCCGAAAGCGAACUUGAUCCAGUAACGCUUCACAAUAUGGCCCUCACCGAUGCCCAGGGCCCUGUGGCGGGUCUCCGGAAGCUGGCCUUCCUCCUCCAGCUGGGAGCUCCCUCCUGUCCCAAGGAGACCUUCGCCAACAUCCUGCUCAUCUGCUGUCGGCACGAGCUCUACGAGACAGCCGCGGAUAUUCUGGCAGAGCACACCGAUCUCACCUACAAGUAUCUGUCGCAGUAUCUGUACGAACUGCUGGAUGCCUUGAUCACAGCCCAGACCAGCGUCGAACUGGCGGAGAAGAAGCUGGGAACACUGGCCUCCAGUCUGGCUGGGAAGCUGCGCAGCCUGGCCGCCAAGGUGCAGGAUGUGCGGGCCACCAAUGAGCAGCAGACCCUGAGGGAUGCACUCAAGGACUACGAACAGGCAUUGGAACUUUAUCUACCGGUGGUCAUGGCACGUGCCUGGAUCUCCUGGCGCGACGAUGACUUCGUUGGAGCGGAACGUGAGUUCCACUCGAGUGCCGAGUUCUGUUCAGAGAAUGCCGUCUGGCGUCUGAAUGCGGGCCAUGUGCUCUUCAUGCAGGGCGACAAAUACAACGAGGCGGCAGCCUUCUACGAACCAAUUGUGCGACAACACUCUGAUGAUAUCAUGUCUGUCUCAGCUGCUGUGCUGGCCAAUCUCUGUGUAUCGUACAUCAUGACCUUUCAGAACGAGGAGGCCGAGGAGCUGAUGCGCAAAGUGGAGAAGGCUGAGGAGCUCAAGGGCAACCUGGGCAAGCAGUACCAUCAUCUGUGCAUUGUCAAUCUGGUUGUGGGCACCCUCUACUGCGCUAAAUCCAACUACGAGUUCGGCCUGACACGGAUUGCCCAUGCCCUGGAGGGUGGUGCUGGGGGCAGACUCUAUGCGGACACCUGGCUCCAUGUGAAACGCUGCAUCCUUGGCCUGCUCACGGGCAUGGCCAAGCAGAACAUUAUCCUGCCCUACACUGCUGUGCAGGAAGUACUCAGCUUCCUCAGAUCCUGUGAGGCUUAUGGCCUGUUUACACCGGCUAAUAUUUUCACGGCCACGGAGCAGGUGCCCGAGGAGCCGCUGACCAUUGGACUGGAGGCCCGGAAAUUGCGUUUGUUGUUGCUCAAACUCAGCGAGUAUGAAAAUUGUUGAAUUUUCACU